UAAAGUUCUGAGUGACUCUAAAUUUAUCGAUCCAUUCCUUUCACUUUCUGACGCAGUCAUUUUGAGUCUCUUAAUUUAGAUCUUGUAGAGAUUGAUAAAACAAUAUGGCAACCCUUGAUUGAAAUUAAGUUUUUUCAGGUUCUAUCAUUUUACCGGAUUGAUUUAUCUUUUUGACAAUCUGCGAAAUUAAGUAGCCAGCUGAGUGGCAAUUGUGAAUUUUGAGAAAAUGCUGUUUCGAUUUUUAAUUGUUCCCCUGGCUAUUCUUCCAUUGGCCUAUGGUUAUGGGAAAUUGAUUCAAAUUGGUGAUGGUCUACUUCAAGAGCUUUACAAUAGAUAUGGAUCCAAUGUUAAAGAUGACCUCUAUGAGACUGAUUUUGAUAAACAAGGAUCAUUAAACAUUAACAAUGAUGAAGGAACCUUAAGUAAGAUACCAAGAGCAAAAUUUCAAACUCGAAUGGAUGAUAUACUCUUAGGAAGGGAACCAUCUUUGAGAGAUGCCGAGUAUCUUGAACAUUCAUCGUUGUUUGGCCACAAAUAUGUCCAAGGAGGAGCCGGUGAAGGACGUCAAUUGUUGAAACCAGAUGGAUCCGUCGAGAACUACCAAGUUAUCAAAUCAGAUACCAUAUUACCUGCCUAUUGUGAUCCACCAAACCCUUGUCCAAUCGGUUAUACAACUGAUGAUGGAUGCCUAGAAAGCUUUGAAAACUCAGCAUCAUUUAGCCGUGAUUAUCAAUCGUCUCAAAAAUGUAUGUGUGAUCGAGAACACAUGUUUGAUUGCUCUGGUAACACUGAGGAAAACCAAUUGGAUGCCCUUGCUCGAUCAAUUCAAAAUGAAGUAAUCUCUGAUUCUGAUCUUGAUGACUUGGUUGACCGAAUGCAAGAAGGACACAAAGUGGUAGCUAAAAAAUUUCAUGCCUCAAAAAAGCGAAAUCCUGAUUAUUUGUUGGGAGAGAAGCUUCCAAUUGUUGCUAAAAAAGCUCCUCAUCUCGCUAAAAAUUGAUUGACCAUUGACCAUCAACCUUCAACUGUUUACAUUCAUCUUGUUGACUUCUGGUUUCAUUCCAUCAUCAUAUCAUAUUUCAGCCAUCAUUACCAUUCCUGUGAAUGUCCUGUUAUAUUUUGUGUCAUUAAAACGCUGGUUAAUUAACUACCGAUUAUGACCAUUAUUUUAUUCCUUUAAAUUUAUGUUAAAACAAAAAAAUAAUUUAUCUCCAUGUUAUUACUGGACAAAUCUUUAACUACAGAUACAUGUAAUACAGCAAAUUGAAGGCUUCUCAUUUCCGAAUCAACCGAGAAGCGAAUGGAACAAAGAAAUACACUUCAGAUAAUCAAAAGCCGGCUUAAAAAUAAAUUGUGAUUGUCAACGGAAAAUUACAUUAAUGUCUUAUAAUCCGUAAAUUUGAUGUUUUAAACUAACAAAAUUGAUCUCAUUACCUUUAAUUUAUUACAUUAAACAUGUCAAUGGAAAGGAUCUGUUGUUAAACAAAGGUUAAAA